GGCGGUAACGCACGCCAGAAGGUUGCUUGCCAACUGCCAUUAAACCACCGAAGAAGAAAACAGCCGUAUUUGCAGACAAACAUGGCGGAAAGUGGAGGUUGUCAGCAUUACACGCGAAGCUGUUUACUCAAAGCACCUUGCUGUGGCAAACUCUAUGUGUGUCGGCUGUGUCACGAUGCAGAGGAGGCUCAUGAAAUGGAUCGAUUUAAAGUGGAAGAGGUGAAGUGUGCUGACUGUCAAACAUUACAACAGGUUCAACAGGCUUGCCAGCAGUGUCACGUACAGUUUGGGGAGUAUUAUUGUGACAUUUGCCACUUGUUUGACAAGAAUAAGAAACAGUACCACUGUCAUCCCUGUGGAAUAUGCAGGAUUGGGCCAAGAGAAAAAUAUUUUCACUGUAGCAAAUGCAAUUUAUGUUUAGCAAAGGAUCUGCGGGGAAACCACAAGUGUGUCGAGAACGUUUCGCGGCAGAACUGCCCAGUUUGCAUGGAGGACAUCCACACAUCUCGAAUUGGAGCUCACGUUCUUCCCUGUGGUCAUCUUCUCCAUAAGAACUGUUUUGACGACAUGGUCAGCACUAAUGCGUAUCGCUGCCCUCUUUGUAUGCACUCUGCCUGGAACAUGGAGGACUACUGGGAUCAGAUCGACAAAGAGAUUGCUCAUUCACCGAUGCCCACUGAAUACCAGGAUGCCACUGUCAAGAUUAUAUGCAACGACUGUCAAGCACACUGCACGGUACCUUUCCACGUCUUGGGGAUGAAGUGCAGCAGCUGCGGUUCGUAUAACACCGCACAAAACGGAGGUCUCAUCCAGCAGCGCCAUCCAGAGCCAGGAGACGGCGACGACAACGACAACGACGACAAGCCCGAGAGAAACGCGGAGCCGGAGCAGCAGGAUGAAGUAGGGUCAGGUCUGGCACAUUAGCACAUGGUUUAUUUCACAAUUGUACACAAGUAUAAUACUACCAUGGUGUAGUUUCCAUUUCCCCUCCUGUGCCUGCUUAUCCAACUAACUUUGCAGUUGCCUUGAUCACCUUCCACUUUUACAAUCUAUUUCCUAAACAGCCAAACUCAUGAAUAAUCAUAUCGAAUAUGUACUGUUUACAAUUGUGAAAAAAAACCUUGAAUCAUGACAUUUCUAUUUCAUCAGAAACAUACGUUCAAAUUAUGUUUUGAAAUAUAUUCAAUAAGGUACAGAAAUGCAUGAGGUGAAUAAUUACAUACUGUUGAAGUUAAAAUAUGUGCAAUUGUUCCUGAAAACUAUUUGAAUAUGAAACAAUGUGAAUAAAAUGUUGCUUUCUGUUACAA